AGCCGAAAGAGUACCGAGGUUCAGAAUCUUCCAAUGCCAAAAAUUUAUCUUCAAAAUAAAGUCUCAAGACUCAAGUGAUCAAUAAUAUGUCCAACGAUUCCUACUGAAACUAGUUAAUUUUGUCAUCAGGUAGCUUCCAGUAAUGAAAUAAUUUCUUAAACGAAGGCUUCAUGGUAUCAUUUCGUCUGCAGAUUAAAACAGUUCGAGUUUGUCACUUUGCGAUUAUUUUGUGAUCGUUCGACGUGCACUGUGCACAGCCCGCGCUGCGAGCUUAUUUUUUUAUUUAUUUAUUUUAAUCUGAAUCUGUUUUAUCUUCGGGCCAAUUUUUAACACCAGGCGUGUUCUCCGAUCUGCAGAUUCACUUCAGAGGAGCAUGGAAAUGAAAGAUCUCUGGAUCACUGGUUGAACAGGGUCUUGUGAUCUUUGGGCAAGAUGAGUCAGGUAUUUGAAGGAUACGAGCGCCAAUAUUGUGAGCUUUCCGUAAAUCUAUCGAGAAAGUGUACCUCCGCUGGUAUUCUUGAGGGAGAGCAGAAGAAGCAAAAAGUUUCUGAAAUAAAAGCUGGAUUGGAAGAUGCAGAAACUUUGAUUAAGAAAAUGGACCUUGAGGCAAGAAGUCUGCAGCCGAGUGUGAAGGCUAUGUUCCUUGCAAAAUUAAGGGAGUACAAGUCUGAUCUAAACAAUCUGAAAAGUGAAUUGAAGAGAAUCACAUCUGCUAAUGCUAAUCAGGCUGCACGAGAUGAAUUGUUGGAGUCAGGAAUGGCUGAUACAUUGAUGGCAUCUGCUGAUCAGAGAAUCAGAUUGUCAAUGUCAACUGAGAGAUUAAAUCAGUCCAGUGAACGGAUUAAGGAGGGUAGAAGAACCAUGAUAGAAACAGAAGAGCUUGGUGUCUCAAUCCUUCAGGAUUUGCAUCAACAACGGCAGUCUCUCCUUCAUGCCAAUAACACACUUCAUGGGGUUGAUGACAACAUUGGCAAGAGUAAGAAGAUUUUGACUGCCAUGUCAAGGAGGAUGAGCAGGAACAAAUGGAUUGUUGGCUCCAUAAUAGCAGCUCUAGUUGUUGCAAUCGUCUUGAUCAUGUAUUUUAAGCUCUCUCAUUAGGGAGGGAGGCAUGCUUGUUCGAUGUGGUGUUGUAUGCUAUUUGUAUAAUUCGUGUGAAUAUGUUUAUAAGUGAUGGUAGUUUCUCUCUCUGGUCGUUGUGUACACGUUAUAUACUUCGGUGGUUUAAUUGUGUAUUGCCACCAUUUCAAAAGUCCUUACCAGGGUUCUAAGUA